UUAACUAGCCAUCCGACUUGAGCCAUUACAAUUAUUGAAGGCUUUCAUGUCAUUUCGAAUUUUGCUCAAGACUUAAAGAAUAUUCAUUGAAAUUGUUUGUCAGAAGACAAAGCCGGUUACUUCCGUCAUUCAUACUGGAUCUAGAGGGCGUAGACUAAUACCCAUCAAAUACCAUAGUCGAGAGACACAGUUAACCAGCCACUAUGGGGAAUCUAUUCACUAACCUUUUCAAAGGUUUAUUUGGUAAAAAAGAAAUGAGAAUCUUGAUGGUUGGGCUUGAUGCUGCAGGAAAGACGACUAUAUUGUACAAACUGAAGCUCGGAGAAAUUGUUACAACCAUUCCAACAAUAGGUUUCAAUGUAGAAACAGUAGAAUACAAAAACAUAAGCUUUACAGUGUGGGAUGUUGGUGGUCAGGACAAGAUCAGACCACUGUGGAGACAUUAUUUCCAGAACACACAAGGCCUAAUCUUUGUAGUAGAUAGCAAUGACAGAGAGAGAGUAGGAGAGGCUCGGGAAGAGCUAAUGAGAAUGUUGGCAGAAGAUGAACUGAGGGAUGCUGUACUAUUAAUAUUUGCCAACAAACAGGAUUUACCCAAUGCAAUGAAUGCAGCAGAAAUAACAGACAAGCUUGGACUUCACUCACUGAGAAAUCGUAACUGGUACAUCCAAGCGACGUGUGCGACCAGCGGAGACGGGCUUUACGAAGGGCUGGACUGGCUAUCCAAUCAGCUUAAAAACCAAAAGUGACACAACACUUAGGAGCUAGAAAUAAUUAACAAUUUAAAAUGAAGAUUUUCACCAUCCAGUUAUUGUUACUGGAAAACAAUCAUCAUCGCUGGGACUUGGGGGAGAUGAACCAAAGGGAUAUUUCUGUACGAAGACAGUCUGUUCACCUUUAAAACUUCAGAUUUUGAGAAUUUUCUUAUCAAUAACUGCGAAUGGGGGGAACCUGUCUAUAAUAUGUGGAGUGGCGUUAAUCUUCUGAGACAGUGAAAGGCCUUUUGUUGUUGUAUUCUGCUUCCCUUUAUCUCUUGUGGAAGCCCGCCGUGCAUUGUAUUAAUAUUAUUAUAAAAAUGUGAUCUCCCAUAAGAGAUACAGGAUUGCAGAAAAGGGCACAUAAAAGGGCAAAAAAAAAAA